AUGGAGGUCUCCACAAACGGGUCGAGUUUUGGUGUUGACUCUCUGCUGUCUCACAGACCAGCAAGCCUACAUAUUUUGAAAGCAGAAAGUUCGAUCGAAAAAUGCGGGUGUCCACUGGAGUUAAGCCCGAGGUCCGUCCUGGAAAGCGGCUGCUCAUCUCCUCUCUCCCCGCGACCGGAAUCUGUCGAAGAUGCAAUACACAGACAUGAUUUUGCACUGGAGUCCUCGCUACAGCAUGGGCAACUGCCCCAGCCACGGACAGUCGCAUCAUCUUUUCUUAUUCGGGAUAUUCUUGCAGACUGUAACAAACCACUUGCAGCAUGUGCCCCAUACAAGAGUCAUGAACAUCCCAUGCCAGACUCCGAGCAUUUUGAGUCCAAAAUAGCGGACGACUUUAUGGAUAAAAUCGACAGCAACUCGUCCUCGGACAAUGAAUACAAAGCGCGAGACCGUGACAUGGACAGCAGCAGGGACAGUCCGUCGUCUCGGCUGAAGAAGCCCCGGAAAGCUCGAACCGCUUUCAGUGAUCACCAGCUGGCCCAGCUCGAGCGCAGCUUCGAACGGCAGAAAUAUCUGAGUGUGCAGGACAGAAUGGAGUUGGCAGCUUCGCUCAACCUCAGCGACACUCAGGUCAAAACUUGGUACCAGAACAGACGAACGAAAUGGAAGCGACAGACCGCGGUUGGACUGGAAUUGUUGGCCGAAGCUGGCAACUACUCGACUCUUCAAAGAAUGUUUCCCUCGCCAUAUUUUUACUCACAAAGUCUGGUUUCGAACCUAGAUACCACAGCGGGCUUAUAUCUGUACAGAGGACCCUCGGCACCACCACCUAUCCAGCGUCCGCUGUUUCCACGAAUCCCCCUCCAUGGUCUUCAGGGAGGCGGGGAGCCGCUCUCCUCUCUAUCUGGGGUCCUCCCUCGACCUACACAUCGAUGA